UAGAAAUAAUGUGUAUAUGGUAAAACAACGUUUAUCGAGUCAGCUAGUUUCUCUAUAUUAACCUUAAUGAACAAUAUACCAAAAGUAGCUACAACAAAACUUAUACGUUGCUAUAGAUACAGCGUGAUGUCAACAAACACAUAGCAAGAAAAUAAGAACUCGAUUUGAUCACCUGUAAAUACAUUCGGAACACCUUGUAAUAUUAUUAUUCACUAAUCGCAAGUUUGUAAGUGUAUAUGACUUGAAAAAUCACCUGAAUUGGAUCAACCAUAAUGUCAUACAGAGACCUUAGAAACUUUAGCGAAGCGAUGCGAGCGCUGGGCUUCCCACGGCCGAUCUCAUUGGAGAGCUUCCGGACUCCGAACUGGGAGCUGGUGGAGGAAUGUCUGCGGUGGCUGGCGGCGCGCGUGGAGCCCGACGCCACUCUCGACGGCGGUCGCGACACCAUGGAGCAGAGGGUGGCUCUUGUCACUCACGCCGCUGCUUUGUUUCAUUCAAGGGCAAAUCUAAAGCUGAAUGGCAAGAAAAUCUACGGUGCCGACGGAUGGGCGGUGCGGGAAAUGCUGAAGGUUGCCUCCUUGCUGCGAGCGGCGCUGGAGUCGCCGUCGCCUGAAGACAGCCAAGUUGAUUCUAACGUCGUGACCUACGACGUUAGCAGCCGGUUAGCAGAGAUCAAACAAGCGCGCGCUUUGGCUACCGAUAUCACGGCGAAAGGCGCUUUCCUGUACGAUCUAUUAGCUAAGGAGGCUGAAAAUAAGGAACAAAGGGAGCAGGCUUUAUCACGGCCUCUGGACAUGGCAGCCAUGGAAGCCUGCCUCCGUCGCGCGCUCGACACCGUCACCGCCAAAGUUGCAAAUGGUCGAGAGCAGAUCGACAAUGUCGCCGCUAGCGAAUCAGCGCUGGACGCUAAACUAGAACGAAGGAGGGCCGAGCUGCAGAGAGCUGAGAAGAGACUGCACACUGUGCAGAAGAUCAAACCAGCGUAUCAAGGUGAACUGACGGCGUUGGAGACUGAAAUAGAGCAGUUAUGGGACCAGUACGUGCUCCGGUACCGCUGCGUCGAAGCGUUAAAGCAUCAGCUAAGCGUACUGGAGAGCGCUCAAGCAGAGGAGGCUGAGGAGCAGCAAGCGGCUAUAAUGCAUCUCAUACAUAAAUACGAAGCCGAGGACGUGCUGGGCAAGCUUAGCGACUCGGACGAGAUGGAGUCCAGUGAUGACGGCAAGGACUUGAGCGAAGUGAAGCAGCCGCGCCCCGCCACCAGGCCCAAGACCCGGCUGAGGAUCAAGACGGCCGGAGGUGGUGCGGAGUCCCGCCGCGCGUUCGGCAACAUGGCGGCUUCGACGCGAGACUCUCUCGACGAGAUACGUGAUGAAGACGCUUCGCAUUCCGACUCCGAUUUUUCUGAUAGGCAGUUUUAUGGGAGCGAGGUCGGGUCCCGUUGGAGUCGCUCGCGGCCGCGGCCCGCCACGCGCACCCUGGCGGCUGCCGAUGACGAUGACUUCGCUGAUCUCAUUGAUGGAGCAGGAAUGGGUGACGGCGAGGGUGAAGGCGAGUCGCUGGGGAGCUCGUCCGAAAGCGAGUUGCGGCUGGCGAGCGGCCGGCCCAGCGCCGCGCCCGGCCGCGUGUCCGCCCUCAGCGACAACGAGUUCUAGAUUAGUUCUAUACCUAUACGUACGAUUACGUACAUACACACAAACAUAGCAACAAGUUAUUGAUAUUUAAAUAAAUUGAAAUUUCAACAUUU